GUGUCGCGGUGGGUUCGCACUCUAAUUUUAAUAUAUGUGUUUAUUUACGUGUUGCGUUUAUAGUUCAAUUAAUGGUAUUGUAAAUAUUGUGUUGCUGCAACCAAUUGGAUGCUGUUGCGGGUCUGCGUAGUGCGUAAUUGGGGUCGUGUGUCGAGUGCCAGUCCCACAGGUAAGUUAUAAGCGGCUCUUGACGUGUACGUCAUCAAGCCCACGGCAGCCAGCAGUGCAAAAGAAAGCAGCCACAACAAGCAGGAACAGUGCUGAAUUACGCAUCAGGUGUCGUCUAGUGUGCAAAGUGCUCGGUUUAAACUGCAAUCGGUUUUGCAUAUCGGCAUUUGAGAAAAGUGACCACAUUCCAAUUAUCGACUAGUGCAACAAGUGUCUUGCGAUCUCGCUUCCGCUCACAGCCAGCAGCCAAUUGUAAACGCUGCGCGGCGCGCGCGCCUGCGCCUACGCUUUGUAUUGUUGUUGUUGUCGUUGCUGUUUACGUUGCUUACGUGUCGCGUCGCGAAAUGUACGCUUGCGCUUACGUAGUCGUGCUCGCAUUUACGUGCCUCGCCGCCGCCAGCCCACGUCCCAGCAGCACCAGCACCAGCACGAGCACGAGCACAGUUCCCCCCGCCCUCGAACACGUCCAAGUUGUGGAGGAGGGCGCUAGCUUUUUAGAUAAUGCGCAUUAUCUGAACAAUGAGGAAAUUGGCGAACUUUUCGCCAGCCUCAGCCGGGACUAUCCGACGCUUGCCCAAACCUAUACCAUAGGCCGCACCAUACAGGGCCGUGAGAUGCACGCCCUGGCAUUGAAUGCGCCGGCACCCGAUGGCGACGGCGACGAUCUGCUGCGUCCAAUGGUUAAAUUGGUGGCCAACAUCCAAGGCGACGAGGCACUGGGCCGACAAAUAGUGCUCUACAUGGCCGAAUACCUGGCCAGCAGCUAUGAGCUGGAUAAGCAGGUGCAACGUCUGCUCAACACCACCGAAAUACACUUUCUGCCCAGCUGCAAUCCGGAUGGCUUUGCCGCCGCCAAGGAGGGGAACUGCGAAUCGCUGCCAAAUUAUGUGGGACGCGGCAAUGCAGCUGGCGUCGAUCUGAACCGUGACUUUCCGGAUCGCCUGGAGCAACAGCAUGUGAAUCAGCUGCGCGCACAAAGCCGCCAACCGGAAACGGCCGCUUUGGCCGAAUGGAUUGUGAGCAAGCCGUUUGUGCUCUCGGCCAAUUUUCAUGGCGGCGCCGUCGUGGCCAGCUAUCCGUAUGACAACUCACUGGCGCACAACGACUGCUGCGAGGAGAGCCUCACGCCGGACGAUCGCGUCUUCAAGCAGCUGGCGCACACGUAUUCCGACAAUCAUCCGAUAAUGAGGCGUGGCAACAACUGCAACGACAGCUUCGCUGGCGGCAUCACCAACGGCGCCAACUGGUACGAGCUGUCCGGCGGCAUGCAGGACUUUAAUUAUGCAUUUAGCAAUUGCUUCGAACUGACCAUCGAGCUAUCCUGCUGCAAGUUUCCGGCGGCGAGCAGCCUGCCCAGCGAAUGGGCGCGCAAUAAGCGACCAUUGCUGGAGCUGCUGAAGCAGGCGCAUAUCGGCAUCAAGGGUCUGGUGCAUGAUGCCAGCGGCUAUCCCAUACCGGAUGCGACCAUCGUUGUCUCCGGCCUCGAGGACAAGCCCAUACGCACAUCAAAGCGUGGCGAAUACUGGCGACUGCUCACGCCCGGCAUUUACAGUGUCUACGCGGCAGCCUUUGGCUAUCAAUCGAGCCCGAUGCAACAGCUGCAUGUGACCAACGAGAACGCGGAGGCGCUGCGCGUCGACUUCAAGCUGACGCCCGUCGAGAGCAACUUUGAUGGCAACUUUCGCAAGCAGAAAGUGGAGCGCGCCGAGCCGCCGGAUCAGCUGAAGCAGCAAUACGACGGCUUCCUGACGCCCACGAGAUUCGAGCAUCACAAUUUUGCGUCCAUGGAGAGUUAUUUGCGCAACAUGAGCGCCAGCUAUCCGAGCCUGACGCGGCUCUAUAGCAUCGGGAAGAGCGUGGAGGGCAGGGAUCUGUGGGUGCUGGAGAUCUCAACGACGCCGGGCAGCCAUGUGCCGGGCGUGCCCGAGUUCAAAUAUGUAGCGAAUAUGCAUGGCAACGAGGUCGUCGGCAAGGAGAUGCUCCUGCUGCUGACCAAAUAUCUGCUGGAGCGCUAUGAGAAUGAUGAGCGUGUCACGCGUCUGGUGAAUGGUACACGGAUGCACUUCCUCUACAGCAUGAAUCCCGACGGCUAUGAGAUAUCGCGCGAGGGCGAUCGCACCAGCGGCCUGGGUCGGCCCAAUGCCAAUCAGGUGGAUUUGAAUCGCAAUUUUCCCGAUCAAUAUGGCACAGAUAAAUACAAUAAUCAUACCGAGCCGGAGGUGGCCGCCGUCAUGAACUGGACGCUCUCGGUGCCGUUUGUGUUGUCGGCGAAUCUGCACGGCGGCUCGCUGGUGGCCAAUUAUCCGUACGAUGACAAUGAGAACGAUUUCAAUGAUCCGUAUUCGCGGCUGCGCGAUGCCAGCAUCAGUGGACGCAAACUGAAUCCCACCGAGGACAAUGAGCUGUUCCGCCAUCUGGCGCUCGUCUAUUCGCGCGCCCAUCCCACCAUGCAUCUGGGCAAGCCGUGCGCCCUCUUCCAGAACGAGCUCUUCGCCGACGGCAUCACCAACGGCGCCCAAUGGUAUAGCGUGACGGGCGGCAUGCAGGAUUGGAAUUAUGUGCGCGCCGGCUGCCUGGAGCUGACCAUCGAGAUGGGCUGCGACAAGUUCCCCCUGGCCAAGGAGCUGCCACAGUAUUGGCGCGACAAUCGCGAGCCCCUGCUCCAGCUGAUCGAGCAGGUCCACCAUGGCGUCCAUGGCUUCGUGCGCAGCAGCAUCGGGACACCGAUCGCUGGCGCCGCCGUCGGCAUUGACGGCGGCAAUCAUAGCACCUACAGUGGCACCUUCGGCGACUACUGGAAGCUAACGCUGCCCGGCCGGCACAAUGUCACCGUCCUGGCCGAUGGCUUUGCUCCGCUGCGCGUCGAGGUCGAGGUGCCCGACGCGGAGCCGUUCGGCAUGCGGCUCGAUGUCACACUGAUGCGCGACGAUCCACAGCACUGGGCGUCCGCCAACGAUUUCCGGAUCAUCGAGAACGUGGUCAACACCAGAUACCAUACCAAUGCCGAGCUGCGCAAUCGACUGGCCGAAUUCGAGAAUCAGAAUCCGCAAAUCGCCAGCUUCGGCUAUGCGGACAACGAGUUCAGUCGCCACUUCAACUACCUCAAGCUGACCUCCAAUAUUGGCGAGCCGGAGGAGCACAAGUACAAGCUGCUGGUGAUUAGCUCACUGUUCGACACCGCGGCACCGCUGGGCCGUGAGAUAAUGCUGAAUCUGGUGCGGCACUUGAUCGAGGGCCACAAGCUGCAGGAGGCGUCCGUGGUGCAGCUGCUGCAGCGCAGCGUCAUCUACUUCCUGCCGCAGACGGAGAAGUUCGACGCGAUCUUCAGCAUGUACAAUGCCAACAAUUCCGUUUGUGAUCCCAUGCUGCCCGAUGAGCUGGCCGAGCGCAUACUGAGUCCGGAGCUGGAGUCAGCGCGGGAUCUGCUGUUGCAGUUUUUGCGCAGGGAACGCUUCGAUCUGCUGCUGACAUUCAGUGCGGGCAGCUCGGAGCUGAGCUAUCCGCGCGCCGAUUCCAUACUCGAGAAGUUCGCCCACAGCAUACAGCGCACGGAGUUCAACUAUUCGCCGCUGCAGUGCAGCAGCUCAGCGACACGUCAGCUGCAUCGGGAGGCGACCGAACGUCUCACUAAUCUGCUGUACAGGAUGUACAAUCUGCCCAUGUAUACGCUGGGCUUGUCCUGCUGCCGCAUGCCCGGCCACGGUCAGAUUGGCGCCGUCUGGCGCACCAAUAUCGAGAAGAUACGCAACUUCUUGGCCCUGGUCCAGACCGGCAUUGCGGGCCUCGUCCACAACGAUAAGGGCCAGCCGCUGCGCGAGGCGUUCGUCCGUCUGCUGGAGCAUCCCGCCGUUUACAAUGUGACACGGAAUGCGGCACGCUUCCAGCUGAUGCUGCCCAAGGGCAUCUACGGGCUGGAGGUGAGCGCGCCCAACUACGAAUCGCAGAUCGUCAGGACGCAGGUGCAGCACGGUGUGCUCAGCGACCUGGGCGUCAUCCGGCUGCACGGCUACACCCUGAUCAGGGGCGAGGUAACCGAACUGAAUGCCAAGCCAGCCGCGAACCAAGCCACCACCACCACCAGCAUAUCGGGCCUUGUUCUCGACGAUGGCAAUCAUCCCGUACGCAAUGCCAAGAUCUCUGUCAUCCGGCCCUCGGGCCUGAACCAUUUGCGCAACUUCACCAACAGCUUGGGCGAAUAUCUGUUGUCGGCGGUGCCAUUGGGCGCCAUAACGCUCAAGGUGGAGGCUCCGCGGCAUUUUGAGGCGACACGCGAUCUCCGGCUGCCGUCGGGUGAGCUCACGGAGAACGUUGUCUUCCAUCUCAAGUUCAAUGCCCAUGUCUUUGGCCUGCCGCGCUUUAUCUUCAUCAUUGUUGCCAGUGUCCUAAUCAUUGUGGGCGUUGUCGUCUGCGUAAUAUGCGCCCAAUUCUGGUUCUACAGACGGCAUCGCGGCAAGAUGCCCUACUACAAUUUCUCGCUGCUGCCGCAAAAGGGCAGGGAACAGUUCGAGCUGGACGACGAUGCCGGCGACGACGGCGAAACGGAGCUCUUUCGUUCGCCCAUCAAGCGCGGCAUGACCAUACAGCCCUACUUCGAUGAGGAGCAGCUGGAGCACAUACUGCACACGGACGAGGAUGAGGAUGACCACGACGAUGACGAUGACGAUGACGAUGAGGAUGUGCGGAAUGAGCGCGAUUUGGGCAUGGAGCCGCAGCUGGAUGCGGCCGAUGAGAGCGGCGAUGAGAUUGUCAUGUUGCAUCAACACAAUCGGCGCAGGCAAUAGAAAGGGACAGCAACACAACACACACACACACACACACACACACACACACAACAUAACUGUGAUGCAAAAGUUUUCAACAAUCAAGCGCUCUAUGAUAGACUACAUAUGUUUUUUCUCUCAAUUUUAACCAUGUACAUACACACACACACACACACACACACACACACACACACACACACACAUAUAUAUAUAUAUAUAUAUAUAUAUAGACAGCUUGUAUAUACAUCAUAUUCGAUGUCAUGUCGCGAAUCUCUGCAAAAGAAAAACGGCACCUUAACAAUGUCUAAUAAGAUAUAUAUAUAUAUGUGUGUGUGUGUGUGUGUGUGUGUAUAUAUUUAUAUGUAUGUGCUGUCCAGUGUUGCCAACGCAGCCUUUUCUCGCUAAAUUUGGCUAAAUUUCUCUGACAAUUUGUGCUCAAAAUCGAAUUUAGGUAUUUGUUUUUUUUUUUUUGUUAUUUUUUACCCAUUUUCAACAUUGGUUUUAGCUACUUUUUUUUGUUGGCAACACUGGCGCUGUCCAGGAACCUAACUGUAACUACUCUUAAGACUGAGCCCCAACAAGAAAGAAAAUCAAAAGAAAAAAGAAAAGAGAAAAAGAAAGAGAAGAAGAAAGUUAAACACACAGAAAGAUUGUGUACUUAAGCAAAGCAAUUGAGAACUUAAGAAAACAUUCCACAAGCCAAUUGAUUGGCAGAGCCGGCCUUACAAUAAUACCAGACCAAAAUCCCUAUGCAUAUAUCUAAGUAUAUAUAGAAUACGUAUAAAGCAUAUCUGUCCAAUUUACCAGCUGACAUAUGUAUAUAUACACUAUAUAUAAUUCUAAAUCGAACAUGUGCAGGCUUUUCAUAUUAUAUAGAGCGUAUGCACACGAUUGACUAACUCUCUAUAUAUAUAUAUAUAUAUAUAUAUGCACGAUUUUAAAACCAAUUUAUAUAUUGCGCACUUUAUGCUCAUUAAUUAUAUUCCAAACGGUGCACACACGCCAAAUCGAAAGAUUAUUUAAAUAUAUGUAUGUAUAUAUAUAACAAUAUUUAUAUAUCUUUAAGACAAAUAUUUGGAAUUUUAUCGAAAUAAAUACGAGUAUGUACAAGUACCUAAUCCGAAUUCAA